GCGCACAACCUUUUCCGCUUCCUGUAAAAGGUCACGGUGACCGGUGUGGAGUACCUAUCUCUAACCCUCAAACAUGUUGUCUUUGGCCGCUCGUUCUGGGCCCUUCUCAUCAUACCUAGUAGCCACCUCAUACUCGGUGGCUGGACCGCUGAAACCUCUGGUAGCCGGGGUAGCGCUGCAAGCGGAUAAAGUGUUGCUUGAUGUGAAGAAACCCUUCUUGUGCCGCGAAUCCCUGAGUGGGCAGGCCCUGAGCGGUGGGCUAAGGGCAUCCAGUGCUCUUAACGGUGUGUCGUGUGUUCGUUUUACCCACAACGAUGUUGCAGUUCCAGAUUUCUCUGCCUACCGUCGACCUGAAGUUUUGGACAGCUCCAAGUCUUCCCAGGGCAGUAGUGAUUCAAGAAAAGCCUUCUCUUACUUGCUUACUGGAGCCACACUAGUUGCUACAACCUAUGCUGCUAAGAAUGCAGUCAAUCAGUUUGUAUUGAGCAUGAGUGCUUCUGCUGAUGUGUUGGCAAUGUCAAAGAUCGAAAUCAAGCUGUCUGAUAUACCGGAAGGCAAAAACAUGGCCUUCAAGUGGAGAGGCAAGCCCUUGUUUGUGCGCCACAGAACACAAAAAGAAAUUGAACAGGAAGCCCAAGUUAGCUUAAGUGAGCUUAGGGACCCACAGCACGACCUUGACAGAGUGAAGAAACCAGAGUGGGCCAUCUUGAUUGGCGUGUGCACUCACCUUGGGUGUGUGCCUAUUGCCAAUGCUGGGGAUUUUGGUGGUUAUUAUUGCCCAUGUCAUGGGUCUCAUUAUGAUGCAUCUGGUAGAAUUCGAAAGGGCCCUGCACCAUUGAACCUUGAGGUUCCAGAGUACGAAUUUCUUUCUGAUGAUUUGGUAGUGGUUGGUUAAUCACUUUAAAUAUCUACAUUCAAUAAGAUUAUAUAGAGGAGUAAAUUUGACUUGAACUGUUAAGCAUAAGUGUCUUUAUCUUGCUUUUAAGCAAGGUGCAUUUAAAUGUAAGAUGCUUUUAAUAUCACAUAGUCUAACAUUUUAAUAAACCUUCAAUCUUCAUGUGAGAA